AUUACGGUCUCAAAUAUGAAACACGUGCAAUGAUGCCUAACAAGAAACUAAAAGAGAAACAUCUUGAUGCCUUGUAUAAACAAACUCAUUUUAGCAAAGCUGAGAUAGAAGCACUGUACACGAUGUACCGUCGGCUAGUGAUAGCUGCGCAAGCGGCGGCUCCAGCCUCGGCCAUUGGACAUCCACCUAAGAUAGACGGUAUAGACCAGAGUACCUUCCGCGAUGUGAUGCACAAUACCUUCGACUUGGUCACUGAAGAAGCCAUCCUGGAGCGUAUGUGGAUGACCUGGGAGAGAGGUGCGGCAGGAGGGGAGGGAUCCUUAAGAUUCGAGUCCUGGGUCAAAGGGCUCAGCGUGCUACUUAAAGGAAACAUGGAAGAACGAAUAGGAUACUGCUUUAAAGUCUACGAUUUGAAUAAUGACGGGUUCAUAACGAGGGAAGAAAUGUUUUUGUUAUUAAGGAACUCACUAUUGAAACAGCCGGGUGAUGAGGACCCUGAUGAAGGAGUACGAGAGCUAGUGGAACUGGUACUCAAGAAACUAGACGUAGAUAAAGAUGGAACGGUUUCUUUGGAUGAUUACAGCUGGUUGAAUAUAAAUAUAUUUUUAUGGAAUAAACCUGUAAACAAGCAAACGGAUCACCUGAUGGUAAGCAAUCAGCGCCUCCCAAGGAAACCUGAAACAUCAGAGAUGGUACAAAUGCGCUACCGGGAUUUUGAGGAUUGUUCGGGAUUCGGGGAUUGGGGAGAUUGGAGAAGGGGAGAAGCGGUAGAGCAGGAGCCUCUUCUUCUAGAAGCAUUUGGACAAUGUCUGCCCACGAAGAGACACACGACUACAUUCCUCAAAACUUUAACUAAUAAGACGUAGAUAAUGUUUGUAGAGUAGUAAUAAGAUUCCUUUUGUUAAU